UACAGGUAAUAAACAACUUCAACAAAGUAGCUGGAUAUAAAAUUAACUCAAACAAAUCAAUAACCUUCCUCUACUCAAAAGAUAAAUGGGCUGAGAAAGGACUUAAGGGCUUUCUGGUGGUGAUGACAUCCCUAUGAGGACAUGUGUUUCACAAAGGAUCUCCUUCAUACCUGUCCAGAAGAGGAGAGGUGGAAACACAAGAAAAAUCACCUGGUACAUAGCCCCAAUUCCUACUUUGUGAAUAUGAAAUGCCCAGGAUACUAUAAAAUCACCACAGUCUUUAGCCAUACACAAAUGGUAGUCUUGGGUGUUGGGUGUUCCUCUGUACUCUGUCAGCCUUCAGCUGGAAAAGCAAGGCAGACGGAAGAAUGCCUCUUCAGGAGGAAGCAGCAUUGAAAGUCCCUGAUUCUAGAUGAGUGUGAACCAUUCCAAUAAACUAAUUUUGGAUUAAAAGAAGAAAUGAGGGAAGUGGCACUCUUCAAAAUUAUUCACAAGUAAUAUAAAAUAUCUUGGUGUGACUCUAACCAAGCAAAUGAAACAUCUGUAUGACAAGAACUUCAAAUGUCUGAAGAAAGAAAUCAGGACCUCAGAAGAUGAAAAGAUCUCCCUUGCUCAUGUAUCAGCAGGAUUUACAUAGUAAAGAUGUCCAUCUUACCAAAAGCAAUCUACAGAUUCAGUGUAAUCCCCAUCAAAAUUCCAACUCAAUUCUUCAUAGAGGUAGAAAGAGCAAUUUGCAAAUU